ACACGAACUUGUCAUCAGAGAUUCCGGAUGUCUGCCAUGGUAGGGGAAAAUUUGUUUUCUGCUUCUCAUUCUUGACAGCUUGUUUGCUACCGGGGCUGCAGAUGAAGGUGAAUGUACCGAAGUAGAUUUUCGGCUCAGCAGUUCGACGGCACAAAAAAUCGUAAGUUGUGUUGUUUUUCGCUGUCUGUCUUAUUUAAGUUGACUAAGAUUGCUUACAUGCUUAGUGUUAAGCCAAGGCCAUGAAAUUGAUCUAUGUGUGUCGCCUGUUAGCAGGCAGGGUUAGCCGUGCAGCUGCAUUCAGUAUCACUCAGUUGCAUCGGAAUUCUUAGUUAAAAUGAUUCAUAUGGGCAAAGUAAGCUUGGUUAAGUUAUCAGAAAUCCAAACAUUAAAUCUAACAUUAAUUCGCGUUAAUAUACAAAGGUUAGCACACCAGCUCUGGCGAUACUUACUUUCGUCUGCAGUUAAUCUUCAGUGUAAUAUUAGGCAGGCUUCUGGAGGCUGUAAUCAGUCUGAAAUUCCUCAGUCUGUUUGUUAUCCUGAAGUUGUAAUUCUGUGUUGUAACCAGUUAUCCUCUGUUAUCAUGUGACCUGACCACUAGUCCUGUAUGAGUGCUCCUAUUCAUUAGAAACGGAGAUGCAUGCUGUCUGAAGGUUCAGCCACAGUCACUGAGAGAGUUUAAGGAUCAAAGUUCUGCAUUCUUGCUCAUCUGGUUGAAAUAUAAAUGUCAUUUUCUCUCUAGAGACUGGGAUGGUAUCAUGGAGAGAGACAAUCAUCAAGAAGGAGAGGCACAGGGAGUGAAGAUUUCUGACCCACCCUCUGUGAACAACCCACCUGGUAAACUAUCUCAUCUACCAUCACAGCUAUUCUCAAGUCAAGACCACCUGCCUACAUUACACUAUAUGUUAAAUGAUGGAAAUGCAAUGUUUUUUUAUUUCUUACGUUGUAAAAUUGGUUGGAGCAGCCUGGUGCAAAACAAAAUACCCCUCCUCCAGUGAGUUUACUCGUCUUUGGCUCUCGAUUCGCCAUUUCAGCCAUCCUAAUCUGCUCUCAUUCAAUUGUCAAUACGCGGGCUACACAACCGAUCACGUCACGCAAAGUGGCACUGCUUUACGGUUCCCCUCAGUGUCGCUAAAGUGGAACUCGUGGUACCAAAAACUCGUUUAAAAACCUGUGGCCACCGAGCUUUCUCGGCUCCCAAAUAAUGGAACAAAUUGCCACUCGAUAUUAAAACACCCCCCACUCUUUUUACUUUUAAAUCACGUCUUUUAACUCAGCAUGAGAGUUGUGUGAUCUCUGUCCUUUAAUGUCUUUUUAUGGUCCUUUUAUCACUUUAAUUUCUUUUAUACUUUUGUGUUUUUAUCUCAUUUAUUUUAUUUCAUUUUAAAUGACUUUUACCUGCUUUUAUUCAUUUCAUCUUGAUGUUUUCAGCAUUGUCUGUUCUUUUAGUUUUAUUGUGCAGCACUUUGGUAGACUCCAAUGUUUCUUAAAAUGUGCUAUAUGAAUAAAGCAGAAUGGAUUGGAUAUUUCUAACUCUAUUUGUCUUUCAUCUUUCAGGUGACAAUUUGGCCACUUCUCUCUCCCUCUUGGGAAAUCACAUGUUUCCUGAUGUGGCAGAGAGGAACGACGGUGCGAGUAUUAGCAAAGAAGAGACUCCAGUUUCACUGUGUUCAGAUGUUACAGCAGAGCAGCAGAGUCUGGAUGCAGAGCUGCACUCAAACCAGGUAACUAAGCUAGAGACUGAGGAGACAGAGAACUCCGAGUGUUUCAACGAUGUUUGCACCCAGCAGUCUGACGGAGGAAGCGAGGGGGCAGCCACUGACAAUGACCAGAGUGACUCUGGGGAGUUUGUUGUGACAAUGUUGGCCAAGGCCAAGCUGGAGGAGCAAGGUAUAGGUGUAAAAGGGAGGUCAUCUCCCUUGUUGGAGGCAGGGACCCAGGAAUCCCCUGCUUUCAUGUCUCACCGUGAUGAGGACGUGACAGCUGAGAGCUGGCGACAGCACAGGAAGCAUGUUUUCGUGCUAAGUGAAGCAGGCAAACCCAUCUAUUCCCGUUACGGUAGUGAAGAGGCUCUUUCAUCGACGAUGGGAGUUAUGAUGGCGCUGGUUUCAUUUGUUCAAAGUGGAGAUAACAUCAUCCGCUCAGUCUAUUCAGGUCAGUGGAACUAUUUCUUUUCUUAAUUAAAGUUAGUCAUUUAUUUGUAAAUUUAACUUUCUCUUUAGAUAAAAGAAGAAAAAGAAGUUACGUUGGAAUGUCAAAUAUUUUAUAUAGUUAUGAUGCAGGAGGGUUUAUGAAUUGACCUGACGCGUUGCACCAUUAUUUAUGAAUUACAAAGAGUUUGAAGAUGUUCAUGACUUAAGAAAAUGUUUUCAACUUUCUCUCUUUUUACUGUAAACACUUAUUUGUUUUGAAAGUCCCUUUUUCAUUUAUACUACUGAAAAAAGCCUCAGUAUUGAUAUUUCUUAAAUGUGGACCUGUUUUUUUAAUCAAACGUCUCAAGAAUAAAUUAGUUACUUACAAAAAUGCAUGAAUACUAAAAUCAAACAAAUGAUAAUUUAAGAUCCAAUUCAAACCACAAAAAGUAAAAAACUCUGUAAAUGCUUCUGCACACUGAGUUGCAGUAUGCUUGAAUUGUCUAUGUUGUUGGUCCUAAGAGUGUCAUGUGUGUGAACAAUAAAGAUGUCAGCUGCACAUAACUAGAUUUUACAAGAACAGGAUAAAACUGUGUGGUCUGAGGAACCGGACAGUUGUUAAGCAAGUUCACUGUAACAUCUUAACAGGAGUGCUUCCAGUUUAAUUAAAAUGUUUUGUUGACGUCAGAUAAGGGACUUAUAACUAAGAAGUGACUCAUCGAGUACCAGGAUGAAGAUUCUCUAAUUAUCACAAUUAGAAGACAGUUUUUGGUGCAUUUUUUCUGAAUGUGUUUCUCAUAUUUUUUGUUUCAGAGGAGCACACUGUGGUCUUCUUACAGAAGGGGCCCCUUGUGUUGGUGUGUGUCUCGAGCAGUCGUCAGUCUGAGCGGCAGCUCCGUGGAGAGCUUCUCUAUGUCUACUAUCAGAUUAUUAGCAUGCUAACACAGGCCAGCAUAUCCCGCAUCUUUGAGCACAAGAAAAACUACGACCUGAGGAGACUCCUGGCCGGCUCUGAAAAGAUCCUGGACGGUCUUCUCAACCUGGUGGAUUCUGACCCCAGCUUCCUGCUUGCAGCUGUGCACUGCCUGCCUCUAGCUUCCUCUCUCAGGGACUCCCUCAGUCAGAUCCUGCAGAAAGCCAUCACACCCAAUCUGGUUUUCUCCAUCCUCAUAGCUAACAACCAGCUGCUCACUAUUGUCCAGGAAAAGACAGUUAUCGAGGACACCCGACUAGAGCCCGCAGAUGUCCACCUCCUUCUCAACCUCAUCGGAGCGUCUUCUGCCUUUCAGGCUGGGGAAAUCUGGACUCCAAUCUGCCUCCCCCUCUUUAAUCCAGACUGUUAUUUUUAUGCAUACAUUUCCUACCUGGACCCUCCAGAAUGCACUGUUUGUUUGCUGCUGCUCUCGACAGACAAGGAGGCUUUCUACGCUGUGGCAGAGUGUAAGAGGAAGAUCGAGGAGGCCAUGGUGGCUCAGAACUCCCUGAGCCUCAUCGCCAAAGUACAGUCCUAUAGUGUGAGCCAAGUGGGCGUCUCAGACCUCAGACACUUCAUGUACAAACCCUUUGAUGUGCCAGACAACUACCGCCAGCUCACUCAGUUCACCAGGUGUGUGUGUGUGUGUGUGUGUGUGUGUGUGUGUGUGUGUAUCAUUAAUCAUUCAACAGUAGGAGCUUAAAUGAAUUUGUUUAAUAUAUUGCACCGCAAAUGCUCUGCACAUGCCAAUUCGACAGCAGUGUUGGUUUUAAAUUAAAUCUUUAAAAAGAAAUAAAGAAAAUAAGUAUUUUAAAUGGAGUCCAUGGUGGGGAAACUUCAGAAUCAUUCAUAGAGGAAGGCAGGAAAGCACCAUACUCUUAGGGAAACAGCAAUAAGUUAAAGAGUAUAGUGAUUGUGUGAUGAUUCAGAUGUAAGGAUUUGUGUGUUAUGGACAAAAAGUCUUCAAAGUCUUCCAUAAAUCCUGCCAAUUCACUCCACUUAUCUCAUAAUGAGCAGAAGUUAAAGCAUAAAGCUUCUUAUUACAUUAUCCAGCAGCAAAGCGAAACCUUGAAAAUGAAAUUACACAAAUAUGCAUAGCACCCCAUGAAAUGAUUCUAUUCACAUCACACUUCUCAGCAAUGCUGCCCAGAACGAGGAGUUCCUCUUUUAGAUUCUGUUUGAAGCUGUGUUAUGAAGAUCUGCUCAACCUCCUCAAAAUGUAUUAUUUGGAUGUGUUCGUAACACUUCUUCUGUGAUUUUUUUUGCAGCCCAGAGAUGGAGGCGCCGUACAGCAGUGAGGAAGAGAAAAUGAGACUGCUAGACCUUUAUCGGUACAUGCACAGCCGCAUCCACAGCACCUCACGACCCCUAAAGCUGAUCUACCACGUGGCUGAGAGGGAAACUCUGCUCGCCUGGGUAUGUUUAAGGAAAACACUCACGGUUACUGCGUACAACUCAAUUCUCUCUUGACACCAAAGAGUUCCUUAUGUGUGGAGACUCAGUCUGAUCUUAAUCCAUUAUGAGCAGAGCACUUUGCAGCAUUUAGCAGGUUACAGUGGAGAGAAAAAAACUUCUUUAUAGGCAGAAACCUUGAGCAGAAUCAGAUUCAUGUUGAACAGCCAUCUGCUGUGACCGUGUUCGGAUUGGAAAAGGGAUGGAAUAAGGAGAAACAUCAAAAACAGCUCAUACAGUCUUCUGCUUCAAAUCCCAGUAAUCAUGAUAAAAGUAUGAACAGCAAAUGAAUCACAAUACACUCAUCUUUUUUUUUUAUAACAGUUAAAAAUAACUGGUUUCAUAUUUGAACUUUUGGAAAGAUCUGUGGUUAGCAGCUUUACUGGAACAGGAAGGUUUAAAAUUAUCGACAUGCAGACAGGUGGAGCUCAAGGUACCAGUUCCCCCUUGAAGUCUAAGCUUGUUGCAGCAUAACCGGGAGCUGGUGCAAGACUAAGUCAUGAAGAAACUGCUGGCACUGAUCUAAGUUUUACUCCUUAAGAGGGUCAUGUGCUAGGUAAUGUCUGGAAACAGUGACCAAAAAAACUGUAACUCUUAAAGGGACAUUCCGGCGUAAACUUAAUUUAGGGUCAAACACACCAUAACACUGAGUUAGACACCCCCUCGAGAGAUGAAUGUCGCCAACUGCUUGCUUCUCUAGUUAUACCAACUUUAGUAAUGACCGCAGAUAGCAAUACACAGCGGUCACCCCGCAGAAGUCCGUAAUGGACUGGCCUGUGGUCUCGCUACAACAAGCGGCUGCUGGAAGAGAGUAGGUGAGUUGUGUUUAGUCUCUUUGUUAAAGAAAUCAGGCAAAGUUAAAAAGAUGUUUGGUAGCUAGUACUAUGGCUGGGACCCUAUAUGUACUGUUGAUGAAGUUAGGUGCUGUUCUGAGCAUUAUUUGUGGCUAUAGAGUGGCGUUUUGGUUGAGGUUUAUUUAUGGCUCCUCAGACCGCUGUGUACUGCUAUUCUGUGGUCGAUACUAAAGUUGGUAUAACUAGAAAAGCGGUCGGCAACAUUCGUCUCUUGGGUGUCUAACUCGGUGUUACGGUGUGUUUGACCCUAAAUUAAUUUUACGCCGGAAUAUCCCUUUAAGCUUUGAAGGUGCUAUAGAAAGAGAUAUGGAGGACCUUUCCAGUCUUUGGUCCCCUUUAAACUUUAAUAAUCAAUUUUAUUGUAUUUUGGUCUUGCAUACCAGAAUAAUAACAAUAAGGUGUCAUGCUAAGCUAACAGGCUUCUGGCUGUAGUUUCAUAUCUGACAAACAGAUAAGAUUAGAGUUAGGAAAUAGCCAUGACACCACACACUGAUCUGAUACCUGAACACAUAUCUACUGAUUGUAGGAGAAACCGGUCAAUGUCCCAAACUGAAUUCUGGACAGCAAGUUGCACAGUUUGGCUGUCAUGGAUGUGUUAUGGCUGCUACUAGCAAAGAACUUAUUUCAAGUUAUCAAUCAUGUAAUGAAGGGUCAGUUUUAUAGACCUACAACUAUUGGAAUAAAUUCUGAAUAAAUAUUUUAAUUGCGCUGGAAUCAGAUUUGCACUUAACGUCAGAAAUUCAACACACAAAUUCAGGUAUAAUGAUCCUGUAUCUGAGAGAAAAACAGCUACUUCGAUUGUAAAUUGAAUUAAUCUGCUCAUCAAGUUGUCAGCAAGAAACCAAACUAACAAAAAGUACAAAAUCAUCGUUCAUAAUCAAAGUUAGUUUCAGCCUCUUUCACCUUAAAUGUUGGUUGUGCUCUCUGCUUUAGGUCACGAGCAAAUUCGAGCUGUACACCUGCUUCAGCCCUCUGGUGACGAAGGCCUGUGCCAUCACAGCUAUUACCAAGCUUCUUAGGUGGAUUAAAAAAGAGGAGGACCGUCUCUUCAUCAGAUACCCCCCGAAGUAUUCAACCACCCCCAACCCCAGCAAGAGCUCUCGAGGGGGUAAAUCUGACCAGCAGGACGCCACAGAUAAUGGCUUCUUAUCUCUUCUAUAGGACUUGUCUUAGUGCUGCUCUAGCUGCUCAGCCUCAGUCAACAAUAGUUCGUACACUGGUUCUGAGAUAUUUUUGAACCCUCUUUUGACCUUUUUUGGACUUGACAGACAUUGACUACUGGGACGAAACACUACGUUUUACACUAUUUAAGGGUGAAUGAUCUCUUUCGAACUAGUAUUAUUUCUUUUCUUAAAUAAGAAAGUGAGUAUGCUUUCAGUCUGAAAGAGUCAGGGCAAAAAAAACACAAACAAACAAAAAAAACAGGAGUGUGUUUUAAUAAAAUGAACUGAGGUAGAAGAAAACUGCAACGAUAUUUAAAUGUUUUUAUAUUGUUUUAUUACUGCAACACAACAAAAUUCUCACGGACGGUGAAUGUAUCAAAAGGAUGACAGUUCAUUCAUACUCUACAACUACAUUUUUCUAGCGUAAGUUAAGAUGAAGGGUUAAUUUAAGUUUCUCUGACUAGUUUUUUUCUGUUAAAGACACAUGUUACUCAACAGGAUAUGCAAGAAACAAGAAUACGGUGCGUUUACAGCUCAAGAAAAACUGGAAUAUCAACAACAGGAACCGGCAGGGCUGGGAUGGCAUACAGAGCAAAGAACAAACACAUCGCCCUAAAAGUACGCCGCGGUGGCACUCCUCUGUUACAGAACUUGAAAACAUGCCGUUGUUUCACAUCCAGACGGUGUUUCCACUCAUCCCAACGAUCAGGUUUCAUUUGUGGAACGCUUUGUGUAGAAAAUAAGUAGGAAAUCCCAGCCUGUUACACCUGAUCACUUCUCAUCAUCGUUGGUGUCUCGAACCAUGCUCGUGUGAAAAUCAUCUGUUCAAUUCAGAAGAAAACACGGGUCUGGUCUCAAGCAGUGUUUUCUUUCUAUCACUUAUUGUUGUGACUUCAGGCGACUUAUCGUUUCGGAUAAUAGUUUUGUAAAGAUGGUCUAUAAACUGUAGCUUCCUCCUUGUGUCUUCUGAGGAAUUACUUGUCAGUUCAAGUCUUAAGAGUAUGUCUAUAGUAUUAUGAAAUAAAUCCCAGGUUGCACAAAGCUU